ACAUCUGCUAGCUGUUACCCGGUAAUCCCAGAAAUCAAGCAUGGAGCCAUUUAGCAGCAACAUCGACAAACCAUUCCGCUCUUUCUUGCUCUUUGGCCUUCUGCUUCUCUUUGCAAACGUGUUUUCUUUGGCAAACGCUGAAGUUCACAAGCACCAGUUUGUUAUUGAAGCAACACCAGUGAAGAGGCUGUGCAAAACCCAUAACGCAAUAACAGUGAAUGGGAAGUUCCCUGGACCAACCUUGGAAGUUCACAAUGGUGAUACCUUAGAGAUCAAGGUUGUCAAUAAAGCAAAAUACAAUGCAACCAUUCACUGGCAUGGUGUCAGGCAGAUUAGAACAGCAUGGGCAGAUGGACCGGAGUUUAUUACACAGUGCCCAAUUAGGCCGGGAGGGAGCUAUACUUACAGAUUCACGAUCAAUGGUCAGGAAGGAACACUAUGGUGGCAUGCACACAGCUCGUGGCUCAGGGCGACCGUUUAUGGAGCUCUUAUCAUCCGCCCGAGAAAGGGGGAAUCCUAUCCAUUCCCUAAGCCUGCAAGAGAAACACCUAUUUUACUUGGUGAGUGGUGGGAUGCAAACCCCAUUGAUGUUAUAAGGCAAGCACAGAGAACCGGGGCAGCUCCGAAUGUAUCAGAUGCAUUCACUAUCAAUGGUCAACCUGGUGAUCUGUACAAGUGCUCCAGCAAAAAAACUGAAGUGGUCAAAGUGGAGUCGGGUGAGACCAAUCUCCUUAGAGUUAUCAACGCUGCACUCAAUCAACAGCUUUUCUUCUCGGUUGCCAACCACAAACUCACAGUGGUUGGAGCUGAUGCCUCUUAUGUGAAGCCCUUUACCACUUCAGUCAUCAUGUUGGGACCGGGCCAGACAACCGAUGUCCUAAUCACUGCCAAUCAGCCACCGGCCCGUUACUACAUGGCAGCACGAGCUUAUGCCAGUGCACAAGGCGCGCCCUUCGACAACACUACAACCACAGCCAUCCUACAGUACAAGUCUGCUUCUUCCUCCUCCAAGGGAGGACAGAGAACUCCAGUUCUCCCAUCUCUACCGGCAUACAAUGAUACAGCAACCGCCUCAGCCUUCACGAAGAGUUUCAGAAGUCUAAAGAAAGCUGAGGUGCCUACUGAAAUUGACGAGAACCUCUUUAUCACAGUUGGUCUAGGGCUCAAUAACUGCCCAUCCGGUGCAAAAUCCCGAAAUUGUCAGGGGCCAAAUGGGACUCGGUUCACUGCCAGCAUGAACAACAUGUCGUUUGUGCUCCCAGCCAACUUUUCACUACUGCAGGCACAUCACCAAGGCAUCCCGGGAGUUUUCACGACCGACUUUCCAGCAGCUCCACCAGUUAAGUUUGAUUACACUGGUAACGUUAGCCGAUCACUAUGGCAACCUGUCGCUGGAACAAAGGUCUACAAAUUGAAAUACGGGGCAAGAGUGCAGGUAGUGCUGCAGGGAACAAGUAUCUUCACAGCUGAAAACCACCCAAUCCAUCUUCAUGGAUAUGAUUUCUAUAUCCUUGCAGAGGGUUUUGGAAACUUCAAUCCAAAAAAGGAUACAGCUAAAUUUAACCUAGUGAAUCCACCUCUUAGAAACACAGCAAGUGUACCAGUCAAUGGAUGGACAGUCAUUAGAUUUGUCGCUGAUAAUCCAGGAGUUUGGAUAAUGCACUGUCACUUGGAUGUCCACAUUGGCUGGGGCCUGGCCAUGGCUUUCAUAGUGGAGAAUGGAGUUACGGAAUUGGAAUCUUUGGAGGCUCCUCCUGCAGAUCUUCCAAUCUGUUGAAAACAUCAUCAGAUUACACCAUUCAACAAAAUCCAACAUCUCCAUAAAAGAUUUCAACUUUCCCUGCUUUAGCUCCUUAGUGCUAUUCCCUGCAUUGGGGGGCUAUUUACUUUCUAGUGUUCACCUUUUCCUGCAAUUUUUUCUUAUUGAUAUUUUGUUAGAUAAAGGGUGGAGAGUGCAAACCAAAGCACUGUCCAUUUGAAUUGGAUCACAUUGUUCCAUGAGUGUAUUCUUUGUAGCAUUAUGAAUUGAAGAUGUUUUGGUUUUUUAAUA